CUUGCCACGAUGGUUUAAGCCAUAGAAAACCGUUGGAUUUGUCGAGGAAUCAACGGUUAGUAUUUCAGCAUUUAUUGCAGUCAUCGAUCGUGGCCGUCCAUUAGUUGGAGUGGGUUUUGUGGAGAAUGAAAUAGCCAAAAGAAAUACGAGAUGAGAACACAAAGAGGAAAGAGAGAAGGAGAAGAGAAGAGAAAAUAGAGUGGGAGAGGAACAGAGAAACAAUAGAAAGGUAACACCAUUCAAGCCUGACAGAUUGCUUCAACACAAGAUCUUGAAAACUAUUGAAGUCGGUUUUCUCGCCGGAGAUAGUCAUCGGAGCUCAUUUUCCCGCUAAUUAUGGUAAAUUUGAGACGAUUGACUGAUGAGUGAUGCGAUUAGCCUCGUUUCUAUAACAACUAAUUUAUUAUCAGCAAAACGAGUUAAUUUACGGCGAUGGAUAGAACCAGAGAAGCGAGGAGAGUCACUAUGGCCGCCGCCGCCGCAGCAAAUGGCCUUUCACGGCGGCGGCAUAGAAGUAGCUCUCUUAGAGACUCCCCAGAGGACGAUGGGCAGGUGGAGUUACAGGAAACGGCGCGUUUAAGGGAUCGAAAGAAGGACCGAGAUCGAGAAAGGGAACGGGAAAGAGAACGUGAGCGAGAUAGAGAGCGAGACAGAGAACGAGAUAGAGAAAGAGAAAGAGAUCGCUUGAGUAGAACGAGUAAGAGAAGAAGAGGCGAUAGAUUGAUAAGUAACAGAGAAGAUGGGCCCGAUGAUAGUUCUGAAGAAAGUGUAAACGAUGACGAAGAUGAUGACGAUGAAGAUGGCUGUGGAACCACCGGUGGAGGUUCUGUUCGGAUGCUUCCGCCAAAUAACACAGGCGGGUCCUUGUCGAUGUCAAAUCAUCAUCAUCACCAUCAUCAUCAACAGCAGCAACAUCAGCAUCAGCAACAUCUACAGCAUCAUCAACAUCGAAAGAGUUUUCCACCGCCGGUGAAAGUUUUUAGAACUACACCACCGGUGGGGGCGGCUAUGACUAGUACCACAACUAUCUCGUCUACGUGGAAGGCCGCCGAUGAGAUGAUUGGCGUGUCUGUGCCUAGAAAGGCUCGGUCAGCUACUAAAAGGUCUCAUGAAUUGAUAUCAAGUGGCAGUGGCGUUGGUGUUAUAGGCGGAGAACAAAUUCAUCGUCAAGCUUCAACCUCGCCGGUGAGGACAGGUUUAGCUGGGAUGUUAACAUCACCGGCUCCAGCACCAGCUCCACCCUCUCCAUCUUCUUCCAAUGCUUCUACGAGGAAGAAAGUGCCAAACGGAGCGAAACAAAGGCCACCGAAAUCUUCGUCCAAAUCUUCAUCUUCAGCUCAGGAAGAGAUUGAGAUCGAGAUUGCGGAGGUUUUAUAUGGUUUGUUGAGGCAGCCACAAGUCCCAUCUAAGCAAGAUAUAAUUGGGAAUGAUUCGGUCAAGUUCGAUGCAAGAGAAGUUAAUAAACCCAAUAAUGAUGCUAAAUCAAGAGUCUCUUCGCCGAUCUCUAACUCCCCAUCAUCUCUUCCUCAACCAUCUUCUAAUUUGCCUUCACUUUCUAACUCCUCUGCUACACCCAUGUCUGCAAUUGCUCCAAAGAGGAAAAGACCGAGAACGGUGAAGUAUGAGGAUGAGACUACGGUGACAGCUCCACCUUCUAUUUUACCUGUUAGCAACAAUUGCGUUUCGUCUACUACAGCUAAGGUUGAAACUGAUCAACCAGCUAAAAUUGAAGCUACGUUUUCCAAUUUGGAGAAGAAUUCAGGACCGGUCGCUGAAAAUGGUGGUAGUUCUUAUGAUUUGAUGAAUUCUUCACAAGCCGGACCAGCUUUAUCAGAGCUGGUUCAGUCUGAACCAGUGAAGGAAGAGAAGAGCAAUUUGGUACCGGAUUCUAAGCCUUUGACCGAAGAAGCUGAGAGCAGAGAUAUCGGUAUCUGUAAAAAAGAAGAGUCUCAAUCGCCAAAAAAGGAAUCUUCACCUUCUGCUAAUAAUCCUUCUUCAACUGGUCUCCCAUUGGAUGAUGAGCGUGAGAACUUGGCAGUGAUAAAAGCGAAUUCAACAGUUUGUGAGAAUGAGAGUCAGCGGGAAGAGAAGUUCCAGAUAGAUCUGAUGGCUCCUCCUCCGUCUAGAUCAUCUCCAGAAAGGGAUGGUGAGAUUGAUUUUGGGGCUCCAGAUCCUAAACCAAUGGCCACAGAUAUGGAAUUGGAGACGGAGACUAUCGUAAUGGAAGAUGAUAAAAGAGUGAAAAUCGGAAAGGAAGAUGUGAAUGUGGAAGAUGAGGAUAAUAAUAAGCCCAAACCGAUUAUCGAAGAAGCUGAAUCACAUAAACCAGUUGUAAAUAUAGAAAGGAAUAUUGAUCUUCAGCUUGAUUUGGAGAAAUCUGAUAGAGAUAGUGGCACAGAUAGCGUUUGUGCGAACAAGCUCAAUCACCAUGUUCAAAAGCUGCAGCAUCAACAACCCAGUGCAGAGAAAACUGCACAAUCUGGUUCUUUGCCUUCGCCGAUGUCAAUGGCUAGCUGGCCUGGUGGACUUCCUCCAAUGGGAUACAUAGCGCCUCUACAAGGUGUUGUGUCCAUGGAUGGGAGCGCAGUAUCUUCUGCAGCUAUUCGGCCUCCUCAUUUGCUUUUUACUCAACCAAGGUCAAACAGAUGUGCAACCCAUUGCUACAUUGCUCGGAAUAUUCACUGUUACCAGCAAUUCAUUAAGAUGAAUCCCUUCUGGCCUGCAGCACCUGGCUCAGCUUCACUCUAUGGGCCGAAGGCUUGCAAUCUAAAUGUUGUGCCCCCUUCAGAAUUGCAUGAGAACAUUCCUGGGAGAGGUGUGAAUUCUGUACAAGACAAGGGGCAGGGUCUAUCAAUUUUUCCUGGUCAUGUUGGCAAAGAUAAAAGUUGUCAGGCUGCUGCCAACAUGGUGGAUGCUGCACAGAGAAAGCAAAUUCUGCUCCAGCAAGCUCUACCCCCAGGGGCACCCAGUGGUAUCCUGCCCGGCCCUGCUUUUAUUUUCCCAUUGAGCCAGCAACAGGCGGCUGUUGCAGCAGCAUCUGUACGAACUGGGUCAGUGAAAUUUCCUCCUGCUACAGGCAGCACAGGUUCAUUGAGUACAUCUAACUCUGCCUCAGUGAGUGCCACCCCUGCUGGUGCAACUGCAGCCCCAGCAAAGAGCUUCAACUACUCGAAUGUGCCCGGCAAUGAAACCCAGUUCUUGGCAAUUCUGCAGAAUAAUGCCUAUCCAUUUCCAAUUCCUGCACAUGUUGGUCCAUCUCCAUAUGGAGGGAAUCAUGGUCAGCCUAUGCCUUUUAUUCAUGGAUCUUUCUAUUCUUCCCAAAUGCUUCACCCGCAGCUUCAGCAGCAGCAGCAGCAACAGCCACCCACACAGUUACAGCAUAGCCAUCAAGGUCAUCAGAACACUAGCAUGUCCAGUGGUUCAUCAUCCUCCCAGAAACAUUUGCAGAACCAGCAGCAGAGGCCACAUGGAAGUGGAAACUUGCAAGUUUUUUCUGCCUCAAAAAACCAGACACCUCAUCCGCUUCAGCAACAGCAGCAACAACCAAGUCAGCAUCAUGCUUCUCAUCAAGCUCAUCAAGCUCGGCAACUUGAGGGAGAAUUAGGUGGCGAAGAUAGCCCAUCAACCGCUGAUAGCCUUGUAUCUCGUGCAAAUUUGAAUAUUUAUAGUCAGAAUUUUGCUAUGCCCUUACCGCCUCCUAACUUUGCUUUGAUGACUGCUGCUUCAAUGGGUGGUUCCACGAGUUCUGGUGGUAACCAUGGGGAAAAGAAGCAACAGACACAACAGCCAUCACAACAGCCAAGCUCAAAGGCUGGAGUUGAGCAUCUUACGUCUCAAGCUUUUGCUAUGCCAUUUGCCUCCAUUAAUGGUGCUACUGCUCCUGGCCUUGAUAUUUCCUCCUUUCCACAAAACCAUGCAAUUCUUCAGAGCCUUUCAGAAAGUACAAGGCAAGGCUAUCAACAGAUCAUGGCAGCUGCUGUAGCUGCCCAAGCAGCACAACAGAAGAAUAAUUAUCAUGCUUCUGAAGAAGGGAAGCGCGGAGCUAAUGAUGCUUCUAGUGUGGAAGCAGAAAUGAAGGCCAUGGCUGGAAAGAGUUCAGCUACUGUUGGGCAGUCCAUUGCCUUCUCCAGGCCGGAUCUGUCUGAUUCAUCUGUUUCCACAAUUCCAGGCAACAAUGUCAUUGAUAGUUCUGCACGAACCUUUAAUCUUGGCACUACGACUGCCAGAACUUCAGGUUCUGUUAUGCCAGCUUCAAUGAGUGGCGUCAAUGUUCCUAAUGCUCAACAGCAACUUCAGCGGAAUCAACAACAGCAGAUGCUUCAGCUUCAGAAGCCGCACCAAUUUGGGACUGCUUCUGCUCCUCGAAGUAAGACAGCAGCAACAAGUAAUGUAACUGCUUAUUCUGAUCACCUUCCUUCCUCAUCUAUGGCUGCAAAGUUUCCAAACGCCUUGUCUGCACUUCCUCAAAAUCUAGUGCAAAGCAGCAGCGGUCCAGCUCAAUCUCCUCAGUGGAAGAAUUCUGUCAGGACAACUUCCUCUCGAGUUCCUUCUCCAUCUCUACCUUCAACUUCAUCAUCCCUCAAGAAUAUUUCCCAGCAACAAGGCCGGCCACAGCAAAGCCACACACAGAUUUCUUUUGCAGCUAAUCCUAAAGCAACACAAGGUCAACAGCCUCCUAGUAGCAUUCCAUCCCCCUCUCCUCCUAUGGUUAUUGGCUCUCCCACAACGUCAAUCUCCAGGAGUGCUGGUGGUAGUCCAAGGACAACAGGUUCCACUUCUACUGGCAACAAAGUUGGCCAAGCAUCCAGUUUAUCAUCGCAGCAGGCCAAGAACUCACCUUCAGUGCCUAGUCAGAAGUCAUCUCCUGUUAGUGGAAGGAGCGUGCCAUCAGUCUUGGGAAACGCCCAUAUCAGUUCAUCUUCAAAUUCGGGAACCAAGCCCCAAGUGGCGCUACAGCAGCAGCAUCUGCAUCAAAAGCAUGCACCGCAACAAGCGCAACUGUUCUUCUCAAAUGUUUACAUGCAGGCCCAAGCUCAACACUCACCAAGUACAACCGCUAAUGCAACAGCUGCAGGUGGGUACUAUCUUCAAAGACAGCGUAAUGAACAACAGCAGACACAGCCUCCAGGCUCAUCAACAACUUCAUCAACUUCAAUGUUGUCGAUGUGUUCUACAGUUACUCUAGCCAACAGUGGCUCCACUGACUCUGCAAAGGCAGUAGUUGCUGCUGCCGCAGCUGCAGCUGCAGGCAAUAUGAAAGGUGGCGGCUUAGCAUCACAGGGACUUAUCCAUACUGCUCAAUUGGCUACUACACAGUCCUCUGGAAAGCCGCAUCAGCUUGUGCCAGGCUUCCCAUAUGUUCAUGCUGUCCGUGCUGCUGUUCAGGUAAAACCAGCAGAGCAGAAACACCCUGCUGGUGAAUAGAAUCAUGUACCUUUCUGCUUCAUAUUGCAAUCCCCCAUACAGGGAACAAGAAAAAGAUGAGCAAUGAAAAGAGCAUUUAUUUAGAUUGGGGACUGAAGAUUUAUGAUGGGGACACUGGUUUCUUGCCCAGAAAUUACGGCAUACUCUGGCAGCCGAAGCAAGCAGAGGAUGAUUGAAGCUAUCGUGUGGCAUAUAACUCAACCCACAAUUUUGCGGAGUAUAAUUCAGUGGUGGGGAAAUUGUUCCUUGUGGAUUGUGCUUGCAAUGUGUAUCCAACAUAUAGGACACUUGUGUUUAUAAUCUGACAAGGUUGAUGCUGAAGUCUAAUUAAAUUUGAUUGGAUUGAUGGGGGGCAGAAGAUAGGAAAAAAAAGGUUGUUAAAAAUUUUUGUUGGGCAAAAGAUGGUUAGGGAAUAGGGAUGAGGAAAAGCAAGGACGAGAAACACCUACUUUUCCAUGUUUUGGGGCUGUAAUGGAGGUUCUUUUUCCUAUUAUUAUUUUUUACCAUUCUCUUUUGGGAUUUUAAAUUUUCCAGAAUAGGUCAGUAAACUAAUCUUUUGACAUAAUAUGUGCAACUGAAGGGUGUAUAUGUAUAUGUCUGGCACAUAUAAGAGUAACCCUCCAUUUUUUUAUUAUUAAUCUCUUUGUCUCCAAUCCAUUUUGAUUGUGCCACUUCUUAUAUAUGCCUAUACUUUUAUUUGAUUCAGUUCGGUUGUGUAA